AUGGGAAGAGAUUCUUCAAAAGAUUCUUCAAAGGAAAAAGAUUUGCAAAAAUUAAUUGAUAAUUGGCUGGAAUGGGAUAAGAACUCAGACACUCGAAACCGAGUUGCUAAACUUCUUGAUGGAGGAGAUACAGAAGCACUUAAAGCUUUGAUGAUUGGUGAACUUGCUUUUGGAAUAGGUUUUUUAUAUAUUAUUUUAGACGGAACCUUAAUUGUCCCCUUCUUUUUCUUCCCCGUUUUCCAUGUUUUACCAUACUUUUUCAGAGGAAGGAGGGUAACCCAAUUUCUGAACCAAAUUUCCGAUUUUUUUCAUUUAUUUAAGAAUAACACAAAAUUAAACACGUAA